CCAUUAUUGUUUUCGUCGACUUUGAUAAGUGAGGCCGAUCUAGCGACACGCAGGCGCCUUUCGGAGACCACUCGGAAGAGCACGUACUCGACGCAGCGGGCGACCAAGCAAAAACAUCCGCCAACAUGUAUUGCCUCCAGUGGCUCAUCCCAGUGCUGCUCAUACCCAAGCCCAUGAACCUGGCGCUGGUCCAGAAUCACGUGAUGUUCAUGGUCCUCUACCUGACUGGAUUCUUCCUCGAGCGCAAGCCGUGCACCAUUUGCAGUCUGGUGUUCAUCGCCGCCGUGUUCCUCAUCUGCUACAGCGGCAUGGGGAACUGCAUCUUCUCGCUGUUCGUCAACUGCAACUCGGUGACGUGCGAGCCGGGAACGUAGCGUUGCGUCGUACCCGUUUUUUUGCCCGCCUGCCCAUCCCCCAACCCCCAGCCCCCUCGCCCUUUACCAACAACCUCGACCUCUCCGCGGUAUUCGCCGCUCGCCGUCGAGUUCUGCACCUGUGGAAAUGAAACGGCGAACUUGAAAUGGUGGAUGUCCUUACUACAACUACGCAUUCACGGGACUGCCUGUCGAGCCGCCCUCCCAGACCCCCCUCCAAAACAAACAAACAAAACGCUCGCGUUAUGGCGCCCAUACUGCAGUACAGUUGUUGGACUCGGAGCGCUUGCGUCGUUUCUGGACGGAUGAGUUUUUGAUCGCCGAGCGGGGGAGAAAGAGCAGGAGAGAGAGAACCUUCCAGUCUUCCUCGUGUCUAGUGUGUGGACUCUUUGCAAGUCGUCUUCGGCCUGCCUUCUAAACGCUUUGUAUAUUUCCAACACAGUGCGCCAGGCUCGACUGCAAGUAGCGCGGCAAGACGGUUCAGCUGGCCUACCCCACCCCCGUUUCCCCAACUCAUCAAAAAAAACGCACUACCCUGUUCCGCGUCGCAGUUUCUUGCAACGACUCUAGCGUAACGUUUUUCUAUCCUUCCUCUGUGUCUUUCCUCAGUCCUUUGUUUUCCGCCGUUUUCUUUUUUUUUUUUCUCUCGCUCUUUAUUACUAAAAACAACGGGGACUCGGAAACUACAGCUGUGGCUAUCGUGGUCCGUUUUUUAUUCUUUUUGCAUUUUGGCGUGGACAGUCGUGUUGCUCUCUAAAUAAAAGUGGUGUGACAGAU